GAACAAAUACGCCCAGUUACAUGCGCAUUUUCUCCGCUAGCUGGCGUUCACCUAAGACGGUAAAAUAGAAAUCCGUCAAUAUCGACAAACGGUCUUCGCGCAUGCACAAGAUGACGAGCUGAGUGGCGGAGAGCUGUUUGGAAUUGUUGUUUACAAUCUUGCAGUCAUAUGUGACCUAAGUAUCUCUGUUGCCACGUGUUAAUAUGUUACAUAAAAUGUAUGAUAAAUUGAGGAAUUAUAAACGAGAAUCAAGCAAACAACUUAUCGGAUCAGUCAUUCUCACACGAUAGUGCAAUUUUUUUCUUUCUCAUAAAAUGGUUUUAUUGCGGCCGUCAAUUAUAACAAAUGCCUGAUGAUGUGUCAAUAUUAUAUAACUUUGUUAUAAUACAUAAUUUGCUGUUCGCAAUAAGCACUUAUACAAUAAGCAAUGGGAAGUGAAGUUUGGAAUGUUCUGGUGACGGGAGGUGCUGGUUACAUUGGUUCUCACACAGUAUUGGAAUUAUUGGAAGCAGGGUUUCAGGUGGUGGUAAUAGACAAUCUUAUAAAUGCGUACAAAGUAGAGAAAUUAACAAAUAAGAAUGUUACAUUUAUUGACUGUGACAUUACAAAUAUCAAUGAUCUGAGAGAUGUAUUUCAGAAGCAUACUUUCAGUUGUGUUAUACAUUUUGCCGCGUUGAAGGCAGUUGGCGAAUCAUGUCAGAAACCACUUGAAUACUAUAAAGUCAAUGUCGCUGGUACAGUAAAUAUAUUAGAAGUUAUGCGGGAAAAUAAUGUGAAGCAUUUCAUUUAUUCAAGUAGUGCCACAGUUUAUGGUAUACCUGAGCAACUUCCUUUAGUUGAAGACAUGAAAACUGGCAAUUGCACAAAUCCUUAUGGAAAAACAAAGUUUAUGGUUGAAGAAAUAUUGAAGGAUUUGUGUAAAUCAGAUGAUGAAUUUUCUGUUAUAUCUUUGAGAUACUUUAAUCCGGUCGGUGCACAUUCCUCUGGUCAAAUAGGAGAAGAUCCGAAUGGUAUACCAAAUAAUUUAAUGCCUUAUAUCGCACAAGUCUCUGUUGGAAAAAGAGAUAUGUUAUAUAUUUAUGGCAAUGAUUAUGAUACGCCUGAUGGCACAGGAGUACGUGACUAUAUUCAUAUUGUCGAUCUAGCAAUAGGACAUGUGAAAGCAAUGACUUAUCAAAAAACUUGCAAUCCAAUGGGAUUUAAGGCGAUAAAUCUUGGCACUGGAAAGGGCUACUCUGUUCUUGAAGUAAUACGUGCAUAUGAGAAGGCAUCUGGAAAGAAAAUACCAUACAAAAUAGUUGAACGUAGACCGGGCGACAUAUCCGCUAGUUACGCGGAUGCUAGUGUCGCUAAUAAAGAAUUGGGCUGGACUACUACGAAAAAUUUGGAUGACAUGUGUGCAGAUACGUGGAAAUGGCAACAAAACAAUCCGAAUGGUUACAAAAACUAAUCAUCAUUAUCUAUUAUAUCUAAAUAACUAAUAAGUUAAAAGGUAUCAUAUUUUGCCUUCUACAUAUCGAAAUGGAGAAGAAACAUGGUGGUAUACAGUUACCAAAGUUUAGACCAAAGCAUAAGAAGGUUUUAUCUUCUGUUAUAUGAAACAAAUUUAAUAUGUAUGUAAUGUAAGUUUAAAAAGAUCUAGUGUUGAAAAUAUUUUGUUCAAUAUUUAGCACACUAAAGGAAUAUUUGAUGAAUAUGUUAAUACUGAAUACGUACAUUGCAACUAUUUUAUCAUUGUAACGUUGUGCCAUUUUAAGCAGUCGCACAAUAUAUUUUAUAAAAGAAUAUGUAUAUACGCAAUAUAUGUAUAUAAGU